UAAGGACAGUAUCUACGAGUGAUAAAAGUAUAAAGAUAUUACAGCAAAGACAGGUUAACAUGUGAAACGUUUGGGCUUACAGCAACGAACUCGCAUGGAAUUCAUGGUAUGUUGAAUGACUAGCAGAAAGUCAAUGUUGGAAGUUGAUUUCAAUAGCGGAUGUCAUGAUAAGUAUGUGAAUCUGACUUAGCGGUGUAAAGAGACGAAGUGACAAAGCAGGAUUAAAUGUUUCAGGAACUAGGUCACACUCCGCACGAAAGCACGCGUAUCUCACUUUCAUGCCUUAAUCGGGUUAAUGGCAUCUUAUGUAAAAUAUGCUUUGUUUCCGGCUGAUUUCAUUAUCAUAGAAUUUUCAGUAUUAUGACAAUCCGUAUAUCUACAUACUUAUGCUUUUAACGGUGAAUGGCGCUUCUUUAGAUAUAUCCUUCCAAACAAUGGAUUAUGAAUGCGGUUUCCUACCAUAGAAAUCUCAAAGAAAUGCGAAGAUUCGAAAGCUGCUUACAAAACAGCUGUAAAUACAGUUGUUGUGCUGGCUUGUAACCAAGACAACCAACCGGAUGUACCUUGAACAACAGGAUAUAUACUGCUAUUUCAGUUUGUGACGGAUUCCAACACUGAGAGAUGCGUUUCAUCAUAGUGUUCCUCCAUAUAUAUCAAUUUUGUUAUGUCUAUGGGCAAGUGGCCAUCAGCUGUCCAACCUCGUACACGAUCCAUCCGGUUUAUCCAAACCUAUGUAUCUACGCCGCCAGUAAUUCAUAUUCUCAAUGGCAUCAUGCAUCGUGUCCCAAUGGUGGCAGCCUAGCCCAACCUUACAACAGGCUCAUACACGAUUUCGUAACCACAUUUCUCGACACAGGAGAAACAUACUACAUUGGUUUAAACGACAGCAAUGGUGCUCUACUAUGGCGGGACGGGGAGGUGUUUUCAGGAAGAUUUGACGUCAUUGGGAAUCUGACCAAUGUCUUAAACGGAUGUGUUUACUACUACCACACCGGACAGUGGGAAUGGGACCUAUCAAAUUGUGCUGUGUUGAAAUCAUACAUCUGUGAAUACAUCAUACCAAAUAUUGACCCGAACAUUCGGCUGUUUAAUGAUACAUUGGAGGGAAGAGUGGAGAUAUACCGUUACAAUAGAUGGGGGACCGUGACUCACAGCAAUCCUCCCGACACGCUGGGUGUUGUUAUUUGUAAAAUGCUGGGAUACGAUUUUGCAGAUUAUGAUGUUAGUUCUACAGUUGAGGAUGGAACUGGACCCGUUUGGCUGGAUGGUGUAAACUGCAGUACCAAGCCAGCCACGAUUGACGAAUGUGCCAGUCUUGAGGAUAUACUAUGGGGUCCUACAAUUGCACCUCACACAACAGACGUGAAAGUGCGAUGUACAGUAAGUAUCGCCAGUUCAUCAUCGUUUUGCCUGGCUGCUACAUCGACAACGACGACAACAGAAACUAUGACGUCAACAACCACGUCCUUUACUACAGAAACAGUCACUAUGACAACCAAGGAGAUGUUACAGCCAACACAAUGUAUCCAAAUUACCACCAUGAAUAGUCAAACAUACUCUCCCUUUACAUCAACAACAGCAGGUACAUAUUCCCAUGGAAUCAUGCAAUCCAGUGCUGAAUAUAGUAGUGUUCAGCCGCCAUCGUCACAACCAAAACUUCAACAGGUACCUAAAUACAACAGGAGAACCAGCGCUAUGUACUCCACUUCGACAAAGCAGGACAACAGACCAUCUGCUGUUGCUAUUGGAAGUUUAGGCGUCAUUAUACUUGUAGGUCUGUUAGGAAGCGCAUUUUAUCUCGACCUGUUGACAAUUGGGAAAGAGCGUCAAGUUUUCAGAAAUGCUGGAAAGGCACCACCAAGGAGACAAGAGAGAACCAGGCGUUCUCCCGAUGGCCGGGAGUCAGGAGGAAGCAUGUCAACUUCUGGAGCUUCUUCGGAUAUCACUGUCAAUGAGAUGGAUGAAAAUCCUUCCGAAUCUAACGAAAAUUCAUCAAACUUAGAUGAAUUACAGAGAGUAGGGAGUGCGCAGGUUCAUCCGAUUCCACAUGGAGUAAAGCCGCUUGGAAAGUUCCCUCUUUCCUUUGAAUUUGCAUGAUAUCCCCGUGGCAAAUCCAUGUGUCCCUGAGGAUAUAGAUACUGGGUAUUUUGCUGCUUUUCCGAGUCGUCCUUUCAUUGGUGAUGUGAUGGAUAUUCCAUCUCAGUUCAUUUACCGAGAACCCAGUGAUGCAAUGUGUUCGGUCGACGAUGAUGUACUGUCCGUGGUCACAAAUACAAGGGAGGUAAAUCCAAACACACCGUCUCGAGAUAUGUUGUAUGGCAACUAACAAGUGUCGUGAUAUUGUAAUAUUGAUUCAACUUCUGUGUUGUUAACAACUCUUGAAGAACAUAUACAGUGCACUAGCAGAU